GAAAAUCCAUCGAUUUAAAAUUUGAUCGACCAGUUUGCACGGAUUCCAAUCAUUCCAGUUCCCUUUCCCUGGUUGGAUCUGUUGCCUUCUCCAGCAAGAUUUUCAUAGGUGAUUGGUGAUUUUGAAUUGCAACGAUGGCCGCCGCGGGUGAUGCGCAGCGGAACGGUCCCUCCCCGAACGAAGGCAGCCGUGUGGCUCCCUGCGGACUGAGUCGCGAAGAGCUGAUCCAGCGCGGCGAAGGCCUGACCUACAACGACUUCAUCCUGCUGCCCGGCUUCAUCGACUUCGCCGCCGAGAUCGUGGAGACCAAGAGCCCGCUGACGCGCCGUAUUACGCUCAACACCCCGCUGGUCUCCUCGCCCAUGGACACCGUCACCGAGUCAGAAAUGGCCAUCGCCAUGGCGUUGAACGGCGGGAUCGGGAUAAUACACCACAACUGCACGGCGGAAUUCCAGGCCAACGAGGUGUUCAAGGUGAAGCGCUGGCAGCAGGGCUUCAUCAUCAAUCCCCUGGUGAUGUCCCCCGACGAGACGGUGUCGGCCGUGCUGGACAUUAAGCGGCAGCGCGGCUUCUCCGGCGUCCCCGUCACCACUGACGGCAAUCUGGGCAGCGAACUCCUCGGCAUCGUUACCAGCCGCGACAUCGACUUCAUUCCCGAGGGAUCCCACCAGACCACCAAACUCCGCGACGUCAUGACGAAAUUCGACGAUCUGGUUAUUGCGAACUACGGGGUGUCGUUGCGGGACGCUCAGGAUAAGUUGCGGCAGAGUAAGAAGGGCAAGCUGCCCAUCGUGGACGACAAACGCACCCUGGUGUCGAUUAUGGCGCGGACGGAUUUGAAGAAGCGUGGGAACUAUCCCUUCGCCACGCUGGACGAGACGGGACAGUUGCGUGUCGGCGCGGCCAUCGGGACGCGCGACAGCGACAAGGAGCGGCUGAAGCUGCUGGUGGACGCCGGGCUGGACUGCGUGGUGAUCGACUCGUCGCAGGGCAACUCUAUUUAUCAAAUAUCCAUGCUCAAGUACAUCAAGCAGACCUACCCGCAGCUCCAGGUCAUUGCUGGCAACGUGGUGACGCAGGCGCAAGCGGCCAACCUGAUCGCGGCCGGCGCGGAUGCGCUGCGUGUGGGCAUGGGCAGCGGAUCCAUCUGUAUUACUCAAGAAGUGAUGGCCGUGGGCCGUGCGCAGGGCACCGCCGUGUACAACGUGGCCAAGUACGCCGCCGGCCACGGCGUCCCCAUCAUCGCCGACGGCGGCAUCUCCUCCAUCGGGCACAUUAUGAAGGCGCUGUCGCUGGGCGCAUCCUGUGUGAUGAUGGGCGGCCUACUGGCCGGGACGAGCGAGACCCCCGGGGAGUACUUCUUCCACGAGGGCGUCCGUCUGAAGAAGUACCGCGGCAUGGGCUCGCUGGACGCCAUGGAGCAGAAGUCCGGCACCGGCGGCGACCGCUACCUCAUGGGCAACCACGUCAACAUCAAGGUGGCCCAGGGCGUCUCCGGCAGCGUCAUGGACAAGGGCUCCAUCCACAAGUUCCUCCCGUAUUUAACCAACGGGGUGCGCUACGGCCUGCAGGAUGUCGGCGCGCGCUCCGUGGAGGAGUUCCGCCGCUGGGCGGACAACGGCCAGCUGCGGUUUGAACGCCGCUCCCCCGCGGCGCAAUACGAAGGUGGCGUGCAUGGGCUGCACUCGUACGAGAAGCGGUUGUUCUGAUGAGAGGCACACAGGCACAUGAAAGUAAUUUUUAUGGCGUUUGGCAUGUGAUCCCGGGUUGCGUUCGAUUUUUGUGUAUUUUUUUUUUAUUUUAUCGGUUUAGCUUGGCUGCGCAGCUUUGGGGAGAUGAUUUGUUGUCUUGAUUUUUUGAUUUGGUGGGUUGAUGCCCGGCGGGUGUGCACGCUUGCGCUGCUUGAAGGAAAUAAAAAUCAUUUUUGUUGA